UAUCUCCGCCCGCUCAUUGGCUGGCAGCACCUCCAUGGCGACGCGGUAGAUGGGCAGCCCAAGAUGGCCGCCGAGCCGGGCGGCGGGUGCCGCGGUGCUGCUCCUCGGUCGCUGCUCGCCGCGCUCACCGCCGCCCUGCUGCUGUGCUGCGGCCGCACCGCCGGCCUUUCCCCCUUCUUCUCCUCUUCGUCCUGUCAGCACCGCGUGCCCGGCCGCGGGGAGGUGGUCUAUCGGGUUCCUCUGAGGGAAAGCCACGUCCUGAAAAGAAGCGUGGAUCAGCGUCUGAGGAUUAAGAUUAUAUACGACAGGAGCGUUGAGGGUUUGCUGCCGGAGAAAAGACACCUUAUAAAGAACAAACUUUUCCCACAAGCUAUCUCUUACUUGGAGAAGACUUUUCAAGUGCGCAAAUCCACAGGUACUAUCUUGCUAAGCAGGCAGUGUGCAACGAACCAGUAUUUGAGGAGGAAAGCUGACCCACACAGGUACUGCCGAGGGGCCUGUGCCAACCACACACGAUGUGGGCCAGUUAUCGUUCCAGAAAAACACCUCCAGCAAUGCAGGGUGUACAAUCAGAAUGAGCAGCUCUCCGACGUACCUGACCAAGAAGGGGUUCGAGAUGCUGACUUUGUCCUUUACGUCAGUGCUCUCACCACUGAAAGGUGUGGCCACGAAAACAUCAUUGCAUAUGCAGCCUACUGCCAACUGGAAGCUGAAAUGGACAGGCCAAUAGCAGGGUAUGCUAACUUGUGUCCAAACAUGAUCUCAACACAACCUCAGGAAUUUGUUGGCAUGUUAUCUACAGUGAAACACGAGAUUAUCCAUGCACUGGGCUUCUCUGCUGGACUGUUUGCAUUUUAUCGUGAUGAUGAUGGAAAACCUUUGACAGCAAGAUAUGCAGAUGGACUCCCUCCUUUUAAUGAAAGCCUAGGUUUGUAUCAGUGGAGUGAUAAGGUUGUUCAGAAAGCAGUGAGGUUAUGGGAUGUUCGUGGUGGCAAAAUGCUGCGCCAUGCUGUUCAUCUUCUGAUAACACCUCGUGUUGUUGAAGAAGCUCGGAAACAUUUCGAUUGUCCAAUCCUAGAGGGAAUGGAGCUUGAAAAUCAGGGUGGCAUGGGCACUGAGCUCAAUCACUGGGAGAAGAGGUUGUUGGAGAAUGAAGCUAUGACUGGAUCCCAUACGCAGAACCGAGUGUUUUCCAGGAUCACCUUAGCAUUAAUGGAAGACACAGGGUGGUAUAGAGCAAAUUACAGCAUGGCAGAGAAAUUAGAUUGGGGCCGUAAUAAAGGCUGUGACUUCGUAAUGAAGAGCUGUAAGUUCUGGAUUGAUCAAAAGAAACAGAAGCAACUCAUCAGUCCAUACUGUGACACUUUGAGGGGUAACCCUUUGCAGUUAACCUGCAGACAGGACCAAAGAGCAGUAGCAGUGUGCAACUUACAGAAGUUUCCAAAGCACUUACCUCAGGAAUAUCAGUAUUUUGACAAUCUCAGUGGAGUACCAGCAGAAGAUUUGCCUUACUAUGGUGGCUCAGUAGAAAUUGCUGACUAUUGUCCCUUCAGUCAAGAAUUCAGUUGGCAUUUAAGUGGUGAAUUUCAACGCAGCUCAGACUGCAGAAUAAUUGAAAACCAACCAGAUCCUACCAAAAACUAUGGUGCAGAAGAAUAUGGACCAAACUCUGUAUGUCUGAUUCAGAAAUCAGCUUUUGUCAUGGAACAGUGCAGGAGGAAGCUCAGUUACCCUGACUGGGGUAGCGGAUGUUACCAAGUUUCUUGUUCUCCACAAGGGCUGCAUGUUUGGGUGAAGGACACUGCAUACUUGUGCAGCCGCUCAGGUCAGGUGUUAACUGUGAGCAUUCAGAUGAACGGCUGGGUGCAUGUUGGCAAUCUGAUCUGCCCUUCCUGCUGGGAUUUCUGUGACUCCUGUCCCCCGGAGCGGGAUCCUCCAGCUUUGAACUUAUCGAGAGCUGCAGCAAUUGACUUGUGCUCUUCGUCGUCUAGCCUGGUCGUAACCCUCUGGCUGUUGAUGGCUAACUUGAUUCCACUGCUAACAGGAUUAUUCCUCUGCGCAUAGCUCGAGCAGGGAGCAAGAAGAUGUUUCAAGAUGAUGCAUUGCAGUGUUGCACCUCUUAUUGUGGAGCACUGAAUUGCUUUGUCUCUGCAGGCAGCUGCCUUCUCCUGAGCCUCAUCUCUCGUGGCGAGUAGCGGUGCAGGCAGUAGUCAGGGAGGUGCUGACAGCAGCAGCCAGAGCCUGAGAGAGGUGGAAAACGUUCCAUGUCAUCUCAAUAAGUGCCAGUAUUUUCUUGAAUUGCAACCCUUGAUUUGGACACAGUAACAAGACUGCUGUGCCAGCCUUCCUGGCAGCUUGGUCAGGAUUUGAAAGGAGAACUGCUGUAGUAGAAUUUGGGAUUGUAGUUUGUUUGGUUUGUUGUUUUUUGUUUUUUUUCUUUUUUUCUUUUUUUUUUUCUUCAGCGUGUCUGGUAGCAAAGCAGCCUCAAACUGGAAAUAUACCUCAGUGGUUUAGUUGAAAGCCAUGUGAAAAUCAGUUAUCAUCACUGGUAAUAACUCAGACCUAAGCAGGUAUGGGAGGUUUCUGUCAGUUCUUACAUUUUACAGGGAAAAAUAAUGGAAUGGAAUGGACCAGGUGUUGGGAAUUGUUUCCACAACUGAAUUCUGCAGCUUUGAGGCUUCUCAGAAUUCGUGUAAUUUUGCAGUAAAGCAUCUUCUUGGGGUUCACUUAAACCUUCAUACAUGCACAGAGUGGAAUUUUAGAGUGAUGACCAUGACAGUUGUUUAGAAGUCACAUCUUUGUUUAGCAUGUGAAAUGGAAUAUGUGAAGUAUUUGAAUAUUCUCAGAAUGGUUUGCUAGACAAACUCAUUUCGGUACUGAUACUAGUCUGUAAAAUUGGGAUAGGUUUUCUGAUUUUAUUUGAUUUUUUUUUUUUCUUAAAUCAUGGCAUUGUUUUUUAUUAGAGUGAGCAUUAAUGCAGUUGUUCUCACUUUUUUUUUUGUAGCCAGUAGCUAUGGCAGCUAUCAUCUUACAGAACCAUAUUGACUUCUCUAGGCCAAAACUGUAUUGAGUAGGUAAAGAAAAGUCUAAUCUGUCUUCUUCCACCCCUCUUUCUUGAACCUGUAGUUGAUAGUUCAGCUACCCAAAUAAUUGGCAUUUGGAUUACAUUAGAGAAUCAGACACAUUGAGAUAUGCAGAGGCAUGCCUUGGUACAAAAUUCAUCUCUUAGGGGACAAAAUCUGCUUGAGGAAGGAAAUGAGCAAAGUCUGUCUCACUGAGGACAGCUGCUCUGUCUGACACUUGUGAAGAUGUUUUUCUUUGUUCCUGACCCUACAUAAUGUGUUACUAAUAAUGCCUCUUAGAGCCAAGGAAACUCUUUUUGGUCCAACCCUUACCUCUCCUGUUGCAUAACUCUCAUUUGUGGGAAGGUACUCAACAAGGGAGCAGAUGUGUCAAGUGCACUAAAAAUACCAAGGUAGGGAGAAAGAUGUUACACCACUUCUUUAAGGCUUGAUUCCUUUCUAAAAUGAAAGGUAGAGGAAUGGAAAGAGUAACUUCUUUAGCUACGAUUAAUGUUUAAUAAUAGAACUUCCAUUGUACUUGUGAGGACACUAAAGAUUAUCUUCGUGCCUAGUAUAUAGACAAUUUAUGACACUGGUGAGGUGAGUAAGCUGUUAGCUAAAACUGUCUGAGGGCACAUUGCUAGGAGAUUACAUUGCACUGGGCUAGUUCCCUUCUGAUCUGCAAGUUAUGCACAGUUUGCUUUGAGCUAAACAAGGCCUGGUUAGCCUUAAUUGGUGUUUCUGAGAAGCAAUACAAAUUAGGGAUCAAAUGCUUUAAAUAUGUACAAGUUUGAAUCGAGAAACACUCAAAUUGAUGAGCAAACACCGGUAACUUUUUAAGGUGUGCGCAAUCAGCAGUCAGUGUAACUGGAUUCCUUGAAAAUGUAAAGGUUUGAGAAUAUAUCUUUGGCCCCAGAGGUUGGUAUUGUGUCUUUUGUCUGUUGUGCAAUAAUACAGUUGAAAUGGCAUCACUCAACAGCAAUGCUUUUUAUACUUGAAAAGAAAUUAUUGGUUAUUUUUUCUUACUGUGAAAUAUUUGCACUGUUGGAACUCUCUGGUUAACUUUAUAACUGUUAAACAUUUCUAAUGGUGUUAAUUUAUUGCACUUGGUAUUUGAUAUGCUGGUCUCUAUGUGUAAGUGGAGUUUGUUAUAUUUAAGUGAGUAUUUUUUUAUCUUCUACCCAGUUGUUUAUCUCGAGGGCUUUUCUGAGCACUAACUGAAAACUGAAAGAUGGCUUAAAAUGUCGAUGCUUCCCUACUUCUGGAUUUGGAUGUGUUUGAGCAAAGAAAGGCUGCGGUGCAUUGUACCUACGGGGAACAUCUGCCUGCCUGUCGGAGUGCUAGCAGCCAGGUUCGGUCCUACCUGCUGAGUAGCUGCAUCAGUGGAUCCAGUGAAGUAAAACUAUUAACGCCUUAAUAAUCUGAGAUUUCAGUUGUAAUCUCUUUGACGUGCAGCCCCUAAAUUGGCCGUGAACCAUGGAAUUGGAUGCAACUUGUUGAGAGGGCAGAUUGAAGGCGGGCAGAAUCCAACGAGUUCUGUUAGUGAGCUGGUGUCUGCAUCUUGUUGGUGCUGCCAGAGGAUGUGGCAGUGAAUUGGUGGCCUGUCAAAAGGAAGAUCUGAAUAAAACUGCCUACCUCAGUUCUGUCUGGCGUUGAGUUCAGCUUUUAGCCUGUUGUUAACUUGAGCAGCUUAAGGUGAAUUAAGUAAAAACACGCCUCAGGUCUUUAAGAGCAACAUAAACAUAGUAGGAAGCAUAAGCCAUUUUUUAGUGUAGAACACAGCUAAAAUUGUAGCUUAAAACAGUCAUUUGCGUAGCCUUAAGUAUGGUUUGCCCAGUAGGAGUUUGUUUUGGCUUGAAAUAAAUACAAAAUUUGCAGGCGUCUGCUUUGGGUUUCCUGACCAAGUCAUGGCCAGUCCAUCACUCUGCAACUCUUGGAUGUGAAAACUGAGGUAUGGCCCAAACAAGCCUCGUUUUCACCAGGGUAGUUAGCGUUAUUCCCUGGGCUCUUCCUGCCCUAGGAAAUAAAUGGAUUGACUCCUCUACAUUUCCAGUAUGUAAUGUCCACAGUUUUAAUGUUAUAAAAGCAGGUUCCGUGUUUCCUUGUGGAAGUAAAUUGGUCAUCUUUAGUUAUCCCAGUAGUUCAAAUUAUAUAUAU